CGGAUAUUCAACAAGUUUGUUUAUUUAUUAAUUAAUUAAUUAAAUUAAUGAAAUAAUAGAGGAUAAAAACUUGUUUAGUUAUAUAAUCAACAGUUGAUUAAUAAUUAAAAAAAAAAAUUAUUGAAGACUCGGAGCAGUAAAAUGCUCGUGGAAUCAAGUAAUUAUGGGACAGCGUUUUGCUAGCUUCCGAGAAUUUUUCAAGAUGGACAGUAAGCAAUCCCACCAGAGUCACCAUCAGCUGGACCGGGAGCAAGAAACCCACCAGAACUCGGAAGCUGGAACUGAUGACAAUCAGCAUGCGUCAGCGUACGUGAUGCCAAGUAACGACAACAUCGAAAUCACCGGAGACAAUGAAAACAACGGAAACCAGUUUGAUAAUCCGGUUGCGGAUGAAAACAAAGAGCAGAAUCGAAAUUUUAACAACGAGGAAUUUAAUUUAGAGAAUCACAACUCCCGUUUUGAGUCGAUUUAUAGCCAGCCGUUGGAUUCAACAACUACGAUACAAGACUCGGGGAAGGCUUGUAAUAAUAAUGGUAAUUUUGUCGCUCCUGAGACGGAAUUUAAGCAACAAGAACCUUGCUGCAGCAGCUCGGGAAGCAGCAGCAGUGAAGACAGCUCUGCGGAUCCAUCUCUCAGGCGGACUUCCAAGACUUUGUCCUUUGUGAAGCGUAAAAGCAAGCAGCGCAAGGACCAAAACCAGGUGUGCAAUCACACAACGCUGUCUGCGAAGAAGAAACGGACCAAUUGGGUGUUGAAGUUCAACUGUGCCAAAAGCAAAGGCUCCAAGAACACAGACAUGCCCGAUCAACCUAACAACAGCGCGGAGUGCGUUUGCACUGGGUACAGAAGCACUGAAGAACAUCCGAUGGGAGCUGGAGUCGUUUUUAACAAUCAUUCGAUACCACAGAGUCCCGUUUUAGGACCACUGCCCCCUAGUCCGGUGAUUGAUUUGUCACGGUUCAAUCCCGCAGAGUAUCCAAUGGAGGAUUGUGAUGAACGAGCAAGGCAACAGCGAGCCCGAGAAAUGGAGGAAGGUGUCGAGCCUCCACCAGGUUACAGGCCUAAUUAUUCUUCCACAAUUCCAGUUCACCCGAACGGAAUAACUGUCGAAGACCUAACAGCCCUCUUCCAAGCUCACGUCGGAAUCCAAGCGGCUGCCGUAACCGCUUUGUCCCAAAUGGACAUUACCCUUGUUUCAAACAUCGAAAGACCGGCUCACACACAGGUCGAUUAUGUACAUUGCCUAGUACCUGACUUACAGUCUAUAACCGCAUGUACUUUUUACUGGGGUAAAAUGGACCGGUACGAAGCCGAGCGUCUUCUUGAUGGUAAACAGGAAGGAACAUUUUUAUUGAGAGACUCUGCGCAAGAAGAAUUUCUUUUCUCAGUUAGUUUUCGUAAAUAUGGGAAAUCCUUGCACGCUAGAAUAGAACAAUGGAAUCAUAAGUUUAGUUUUGAUUCACAUGAUCCUGGUGUUUACGCUUCCGAUACGGUGUGUGGUUUAAUAGAACACUACAAGGACCCAUCGUGUUGUAUGUUCUUUGAGCCAAUGCUGACAAUUCCACUGCAUCGUAAUUUCGCUUUUCCACUGCAACAUCUCUGCCGCGCUGUUAUCACAACUCGAACGACAUACGACGGUAUAAACAAGCUACAGCUGCCAAAGACCCUAAAAAGUUAUCUCAAGGAAUACCAUUAUAAACAGCGAGUGCGCGUAAGAAGAUUGGAUAGCGAAAAUGACAUUAUGUUAUAUGGAAGAUCCAUAUCAUAUUUACCAAUGAUUUGAAUCAACCCGCUUUAAUUAACCAGUUGGAUGAUUAGUUGAUAAUUAUGUAUUCUAAUGUGUUACGUUGCAAUGAUUUAACUCAAGGGAAUCUUAUUGAUGUUAAAAAAAAAAAGGUACUAUUUAAUUAUCCGUUACUAGCUAAAGAGUACUAAAUUUAUUGAAAGAAAUAAGGAUUAUUAUUAUUAUCUUAUUUUAUUUUUAUUAUAAUUAUUAUUAUUAUUUUAAAACUCGAUUUAAAAAUCAAAAUAUUUUGCAUAAUGAAUUAUUGUUUUGUGUUUAAACAAAACUUAAUGAUGAAUAAAUUUCAAAAAUUGAUUUAUUAUAUACAUAAUAGAUUGUAACUAUAUUUUAAUAAUUGUUGAUAUAAGAAAAAAAAAUUUAUAAAGUGUCGAACAGUAUUUAUGAUUAAAAGAUGCUUUAUAAAUAGAUAUUAGCUGCAAUAUUUUACAUUAUAAUUUUUUUAUAAAUUAAAUUGUCCAUUUAUUUUAUUUAAGCUUUACUUAAACUUUAUUUUUACUCAAUUAAAAUAAUUGAUAAAUUAUUUUGCGAAGAAAUUAAGACAAAGUAAUAGAAAAAAAAAAAAAAAAAAAAAAUAAGGAAAUGGUAAAAUCUUCCCAGUUAUGUAAGUGAUCAGUAAUUACUCCUAUCGUGCCUAUGUCUAAUGAUUAAUAGUAAUAAUAAUAAUGAUAAUUAUAAACUAAACUAAAUAUUUAAUAAGAUAAACUGUCCGUGUUGGUGUUCAUCGUUGUUGGAUAUGUAAGGGUGAGUUUUUUUUUUAACAAACUUUUAUUUUUUUUUUAAUUAAAAGAAGUAAAUUUGUUGAUAAAAAAAAAUAUUUGUUAGUUCAAUUAUAAAAUGUAAUUAGAAAAAAUUACCGUCUUUAAAUAUAAAUAUAUAUAUAAUAAAUAAUUAUUAGAAUAAUUGUAAUUAAAAGAAGAGAUGACGGUAUACAGAAAAAUUAUAAAAUGAAAUUAUUAAAAAAAAAAUUUUUAUUUUUUAUUAACAAAAGUUAAUAGCCUAAUAUAACGAGUGAUAAUGGACUCGUAUUAUCAUUUUUUUUUUGUUUGAAGAGGACUAAGG